GACCAGACUUCCUAGGCUCGAGAGACUUCCACCCACCUAGAAAAAAGAUUUUACGUCGCAUCAUUUACUUCCCUCCCAACUCCCAAUCCAACAUGUCUUCUAGAUAUUGGCCUAUCUCCAUGUACCGCACCAAUUAGCCACUGCCACAUUGGCUGGGAAGUCGGUUGGGAAAGUUAGCAGCACUUGGUAAACAUAUAGAUAUGCCGUCUAGGUUGCUACAGUUUUUAUAUGAAUCAUAUAACUUUGGCCAACGUUUCCAAGCCACAAUCGCGUCUGGAACUAUCUUGGGAAUUUCCGAUCUCUACCACGCUCUAAUUCAGUUGAAUCACAAUGAGCCGACCACAUGACGGGUAUCAUAGUUUUCCCCCUUUUGGAAAUCCCUUUAGGAUAAUAUUUCCUAAGGGAUCUAACCUACCGCCGAAGCUUUUAACCCUCCAGAAUUCAUUUGAGCAAACCUUAGCAGAUAACUUAAGAAAGCUCAAGCCCAAGGAAAUCUCAGAUAUUCUUAGCUUAUCAUGGAUGAGACAUGCUAUGGAGUCAUUAUCUGAAACCCAUACUAACAUCAAGAUUUUAUUAAACGAUCUUGAGUUGCCUGUUUCAGAAUGGGAUGAGAAUUGGAUUAACAUGUACUUCGACGAUAGUCUGAAGUUGCUUGAUAUUUGCAUUGGAUUAAGCUCUGAGCUCUCCCGAUUGGAUCAGAGCCAGCUCUUGCUCAAAUAUGUUCUGUAUGUUAUGGACUGUUCAGGCAAAUUUCCUUCGUCCAAGCAAAUAAAACGAGCUCGUGGAUAUCUGCAUGACUGGAUGCAGCAACUUGACUCCAGGAGCCCAAAGUUUGAAAAUUGUCCUGCUAUCCUGCAGGGACUUGCAAGAACACUUUGUUUGGCAAAGGUGAAGAACUCAGCUAAGGGAAAGGUGUUGAUGAGAGCUUUUUAUGCUGUUAAGGUUGAAACUAUAUUCGUUUGCGGCGUCAUCUUAGCAGCAUUGUCAGGCUGCUCAAAGCCACUGAUAGACUUGCAUAUUUCUGAAAGUUUCUUGUGGUCUAAGGUGUUCAAUGACUUGCAAGCUGACGUAAAUGAGAAGAUUAGGGGUCUGCUUUCCUCUGAGAAAGUAGUGUUAUUGAAAGAGUUGGAAGCAGUUGAUACAUGCGCGAAGAAAUUGUAUGAUUUGAGUAGCGGCAUCGAUGAUUUAGAGGACAUCGUGAGGCACAGAGAUGAUGACAACCAUGAGGAAGCAAUGACACUGGAAAAAUCUAUCAGCCAGGAAGAAAGAGAAAGAUGGCAGAAACCUGUUUCAGAUCUUGCUGACAGUGCUAAGAAGCUUGCCGAUGGGAUAGAUCUUCUGUCAGAACAAUCAAGGGACUUCUUCAAGAUUGUUCUCACAGGACGCGAUACUUUGCUUUGUAAAUUAAGGGAAUCUGAUGUAACACAAGAGUAUAGAGUGCAUAAAAGCACGAAAUAGGUGAUACUUGUAUAUUACAUCGUAUGCUUGGAUUUCAUAGGUAUUAGUUGCUGGGUUUCUAUAUGCUUGUAACGUUUGUUGUGGACUCUUGAAAAAUGUUGAAGUAAUGUUUUAGCCUUAGCAUGGUGAAAUAAUUGCGAGUAUAUAUAUCCGGAGGAAGUUGUUGAA